AUGGAAAGCCUGGAUUUGCUGGGAUUCCUCAUCGUCACCUUAAGUUGCAAUGUGACCAUUGUGGGAAAGGUCUGGCUUGUCCUCAUGGUGUUGCUGAGGAUGGCGGUGCUCGUCCUGGCAGGGCACCCCAUCUACCAGGACGAGCAGGAGAGAUUCGUCUGCAAUACUCUGCAGCCGGGAUGCGCCAACGUUUGCUACGACGUCUUCGCCCCUGUGUCCCACCUGCGGUUCUGGGUACUCCAGAGCGUGUCUGUGCUGCUGCCGUACGCGGUUUUCAGCGUCUAUGUAGUCCACCAGGGGGCCGUGCUGGCCGCCCGGGGGCCCUGCGGCUCACACGGAGCGCCCUGCAGCGCGGGCCGCGGCGACCCAGGCCCCGGGGAGAGGCGCCGGGCGCCCCGCAGCCGCCCGCGCGUGCCCGACUUCUCCUGCGCCUACCUGGUCCAGCUCAGCCUGCGGACUCUGCUGGAGGCAGCCUUCGGCGCCUUGCACUACCUCCUCUUUGGAUUCUUGGUCCCAAAGCGGUUCUCAUGCACCCGCCCCCCCUGCACCAGUGUGGUGGAUUGUUACGUGUCUCGGCCCACGGAGAAGUCCAUUAUGAUGCUCUUCAUCUGGGCGGUCAGCGCGCUGUCCCUGCUGCUCGGCGUGGCCGACCUGGCGUGCAGCGUGCGGGGCAGAAUGCUCAAGGGCAGAGGCCCCUUGGUCAGUGAGGAGUGUGGAGCCCUGAUGCCACCUCCCAGCCACGGUGCGGGGCGCCGGGUGGGCGGGUGGGAGCAAGAGGGGGCACCCGCUAGCCCUGGCACAUGGAUCCCAGGGGCUGGUGCCAACGGCGAGGCCGGUGCUUCGGGGCAGACGGGGCUUCCAGAUGAAGACCAGAAUGAGAUGAUGUCCUUGGCCAGCGACAAGCUGUCCCUGGCUUGCAAAGAGCCCCACGGGGAGGCCGCCCGGGAGCCCAGGAGCAAAGACUCUGUCCCUCAGAGUAGGCUGGCGGGACCCCACUCCUGUAGUCAGCUGCAGCUCUCCGGCCGGCUGGUCAGCUCUGGCAGUGCUCCUCAUCUGAGGACCAAAAAGUCCGAGUGGGUAUGA